AGCAAUUACACGAGUUAUUAGUUCACUAAGCAUUGUCACAUUUUAUUGGGGAUGGAAAGAAUAAAAUAACAAACACACUGCUACCUAACAAUGAUCUAUUAAUAAUUCACACUCUUUGUGUAUGAGCAAGUCAACUGACAAGAUAAUGCCUGGCCUGAUAGACAAAGAAGGCGUAAUGAAAACAUUAGGCAAUACCUGAUGAAGACAAGGAGAUGCCUGAUGCCUGAUGAAGACAUGAAGAUGCCUGAUGAAGACAUGGAGAUGCCUGAUGAAGACAUGGAGAUGCCUAAUAAAACCAGUAUAACAGAGAUGCUGGAUGAAGACAAGGAGAUGCCUGAUGAAGACAUGGAGAUGCCUAAUAAAACCAGUAUAACAGAGAUGCUGGAUGAAGACAAGGAGAUGAAUGAUGAAGACAUGGAGAUCCCUUAUAAAACCAGUAUAACAGAGAUGCCUGAUGAAGACAAAGAGAUGCUUGAUGAAGACAUGGAGAUGCCUGAUGAAGACAUGGAGAUGCCUAAUGAAGACAAGGAGAUGCCUAAUGAAGCCAAAGAGAUGCCUGAUGAAGCUAAAGAGAUGCAUGAUGAAGCCAAUGUAACAGAGAUGCCUGAUGAAGACAAGGAGAUGCCUGAUGAAGGCAAGGAGAUGCCUAAUGAAACCAGUGUAACAGAAAUGCCUCAUAAAGCCAAAUAGAUGCCUGAUGAAGACAAGGCAAGGAGAUGCCUGAUGAAACCAGUGUAACAGAGAUGCCUGAUGAAGACAAGGAGGUGCUGAUGAAACCAGUGUAACAGAGAUGCCUGAUGAAGACAAUGAGAUGCCUAAUGAAACCAGUGUAACAGAGAUGCCUGAUGAAGAAAAGGAGAUGACUGAUAAAGACAAGAUGUCUAAUGAAACCAGUGUAACAGAGAUGCCUGGUGAAGACAAGGAAAUGCCUAAUGAAACCAGUGUAACAGAGAUACCUGAUGAAGACAAGGAGAUGCCUGAUGAA